AUGGCUGCUUUGCUUGUUGAUCCGUUGGUCUUGCUCGCAAUAGAGAAAUUGCACAAAGUUCUGGAAGAUGAGGUGGUCUUGUUAGUGGGUGUCACCGGUGAGAUCAAAAAGCUUUCCCGUAUGUUCACCUUGAUCAAAGCUGUGCUUAAAGAUGCUGAAACUCGGCAAGGGAAAGAUGAAGCAGUGAAGAUCUGGUUGCAGAAUCUCAAAGGUGUGGCCUAUGAUGUGGAGCACAUAUUAGAUGAAUGGAUGACAGAAGCUCUCAGAUCACAAGCACCCAAUGGAGGUGAUGGGUCCUGUUUCAGCAAGAUGAAGGUAAGAAGCUUCCUCUCACCUAUUACUUGCUUCAAACACGUUGUGUUACGCCACAAAAUUGGGAGUAGGAUAAAGGAGGUGAGGGGUAGAUUACAUGAUAUCGCCGAAGAGAAGAACCAAUUGGGUCUUAGAGCAGAUAGUGGGGAGGGUGAGAGAGUGGAUAGUGAAUUGAGGUGGGGUGAGAGAGAGACAAGCUCCCUACUCGACCAAACAUCAGUGAUAGGUAGAGAAGGUGAAAAGAAUGAAGUCCUAGUCUUGCUGCUGCAGGAGGCAACUGAGGUGCCCAUGGUUAUUUCUAUAGUUGGAAUGGGGGGAUUGGGCAAGACCACCCUUGCUCAGCUCGUCUACAACGAUGAGGUUGUCAAGCGACAUUUUGACGUGCGAAUGUGGCAUCGCCUCCAUUGUAUAUUGCAGGCAAAGAAAUUCUUGCUGGUGCUUGACGAUGUUUGGAGCAAAGACAGCCAGCAGUGGGAGAAGCUGAGACUUCCCUUACAAGAUGGUGCACUCGGGAGUCGAAUCAUUGUAACCACUCGUAUUGAAGACGUUGCAUGCAUGAUGGGAAGCACUGAUCACAUGCACAAACUGGCGGUCUUAUCCGAUGAGGAUUGCUGGUUAUUGUUCAGAAGUAAAGCUCUGGAGCAUCGGAGUGAAGAAGAGUGUUCUCAGCUGGAAGAGAUUGGAAGGCAAAUCGUAAAGAAAUGUGGAGGGGUGCCUCUCGCUGCAAAGACAAUAGGGAGUGUCAUGCACUCGAGAAGGACUAGAAGCCAGUGGGAGCUUGUCUUGCGAAGUGAGAUGUGGAACUCAGGUGAUUUCUUUGAAGGCAUUUUACCGGCUUUGUUACUAAGCUACUAUGAUUUGCCUCCAGCUUUGAAGCAGUGCUUUGCAUAUUUCUCUAUCUUUCCUAAAGAUUGGAGGAUAUGGAAGGAUAUGAUAGUCAAGUUAUGGGUGGCACAAGGUUUCGUCUGCUCCAUUAAUGGAAGGGGAGACAUGGAGGAAAUUGGGGAACUGUAUUUUGAUGAUCUGCUAAGGCGCUCACUGCUCCAAGAUGCAAACAUCAAUAGUGAUGGCAGCAUAGAAUAUUGCAAGAUGCAUGAUUUAGUUCAUGAUCUAGCGCAAUACAUUGCAGGAAGUAAUUGUUCAGUGGUGGAGAUUAGCAAGGAAACCUCGUUAAACAUUAAUAAUGUCCAGCAUUCUUUUUUAGUUGACAAUAAUGAAGGUGGUGAUGAAGCUGAUAAAUUGGCUUCCAUUUCGGCCACCUUGCAUAAGGCCCACAAAUUGCGGACGUUGCCACUACAACACUCAGAAAUCUCCAAGGUACCAGACAAGUUAUUUCAUCAUUUAAGACGCUUAAGAGCAUUGGACUUCAGUAGCACUCACAUCAAGAAAUUGCCUAAGACAGUAGGACAGUUGAAACACUUGAGAUAUCUUGAUUUAUCUCACACAUACAUAGAGGAGUUGCCAGAGGAAUUGAGUAAUUGCAUCAAUUUACAGACCCUGAGACUCAAUGGCUGUGAGAAGCUAAGAAAACUGCCUAGAGGGAUGAGGAAAAUGAUUAGCCUGAGACAUCUUGAAUUCAAAGGUUUAAAUGAUCUGAGGUACUUACCGCAGGGUAUAGGGAUUCUAACUGAGCUUCGGACAUUAACAAAGUUCAUUGUGGGGGGUGACGACCAAGGAUGUAAAUGUGGAGAACUGAAACACCUUAAUCAUCUUCAAGGUAGUCUUCGAAUUACCAGCUUGCAAAAUGUCAGGAGCAGGGACGAAGCUAGUGAAGCAGAACUGUAUAAGAAGCAACACCUUCAUGCUCUAUCCUUGGAGUACGAUGACAAAGGUGGUGAACCGUUGAAUGAUGAGAUGAAGAAGAUGGAGGAAGUGCUUGAAAGCCUCCAGCCUCAUACAAACUUGAAAGAGUUGAACAUAGAAUAUUACAAAGGUUCCAAGCUUCCCAAGUGGAUAGGGAAUCCAAUGUUCUCCAAUCUAGUUGAGGUGAAACUCUCACAUUGUCUCAAGUAUAAACAACUUCCGGGUCUUUGGAAAUUGCCGUCCCUUACAUUUCUUUUUAUUGAGGGAAUGGUAGAGGUGAAAAAAGUGGGUGGUGAGUUUAUUGGGGAUGAUCAAAAUGAUGGAAGUGGUGGUGGUGGUGUCUCCUUCCCCAAGCUGGAGACCCUCUGUUUCCAGGAAAUGCCAAAUUGGGAGGAGUGGGAAUUGAGAGGUGGAGAUGGAGAGGUUAUGCCAUCACUCCUCCAAUUAACAAUAAAAGACUGCCCAAAGCUAUAG